AUGGAGCUUCUCAGAAUGAUUAACUUCGCAGUCACCGACGAAGUCGCGCUGCUUGAAGGGAUUUACAAGACCAACGAGCAAGUCAACUAUGUAAACUACAAUCUUAUUACCCCUGAAUCAUCAAAGCGUAACUUCUCUCAAAUCCUGUGUGAACUACAGUCUUGCAUUGUGGAGGCAUCUCGUGAAUGUAUCAAGUAUCAGACAUGCUUUAAGCAGCUCAAGCGAAUCCAUGCCCUCUCUGUGACGCUUGGAAUUCUACCCAAUUUCCAGUCUUUGGCUUGCAAUCUUUUAGAAACUUACAAGAAUCUGGGCAAGCUACGAGACGCUCAAAAUAUCUUCAACCAGAUUCAACGUCCAGACAUUGUGUCUUGGACAUCCCUCCUUAAUCUCCACCUCCACUCUAAUCUUCCCGCCGAAUCCCUUGCUGUCUUUUCCCUUUACAUAGACAGUGGAUUCAGACCGGACAGCUUUUUGGUUGUCGAAGCUUUAUUGUCAUGUGGUCGUGGCAAGGAUUUGAUCAGAGGAAGGGCCAUUCAUGGGAUGAUCUUAAGGAAUCAUUUAGACGUGAAUUCUAUUGUGGCUUGUAGUCAUUUAGGAUUAGUCCUUGAGGGAAAAAUGUUGUUCAACAGAAUGAGUCAUUACCAUCAUUUGAAACCCAACAUUCAGCAUUAUGGAUGCCUAGUUGAUCUUCUUGGCCGAGCAGGGUUUCUUGAAGAAGCAAAAGAUGUGAUUGAAAUGAUGCCUAUUGAACCUGAUGCUGCAAUCUGA